GAUGUAAUGCUCAUGAAAGAACAGAAUAUUAUUUCAUGUAGAACGUCGUCGAACAAACCAAGUACGUCUAAAUUAAAGAAUAAAAGUGCAAAAAAAAAAACUAUAUCUAAACCUAAGUUAACUAGCGUGUGCGUAAAUGUUACAAAAUAAAUGUGUACAUUUGAGACGAAGAUAAAAUUGAUUACAAAGUUGAUAAAAAACGCGAUUGAAUACGAUAUGAAAAAGAAAUCGAUGUAGAUGUGCCGACGGAAAAAAUCCUUAUUAUUCACCUAAAUUGUAUUCGACAUUCGAAAGGAUGUAGAUUUGGUUCACAUCUUUUUUCCAUCAUUAUUUUCAAUGAUUCUUCAAAAUUAUGCGACAUUUCAUUGUGCGAGAAUUCGCUUCGCUGUAAUAUGACACGAAAAAUCGAUACACAUUGAUAAGAUAGGGAAAAAAAACAACACUCGAGUACAUCGUGGAGAAAGACUUCAUGACCGUUCGCAAAACGGUUGCGACAAUUGGAUAGAGAACGACAGCGAAGGAAAGAAGGCGAACGAACAACAGAGAGAGAGAGAGAAUUGGUAGUAUAACACGGUAAACACAAUGAAUCCAGUGAAUCCAGCUGAUUGUGGUAUGGUUUGGUUGAAUCAAUAUGCGCAAGCACAGGAGCAUAGUAUGAUCAUUGACGAAAGUACAACAAUUUAUCCGUCUAUGGGAAUGUCCGUAAUGGAUGAUAUUGGCCUCCAAGCAAAUACAAUGGAUAUGAAUGCGCUUGGAUAUCGAGAAUAUGCGCCUGCAACGGCAUCAAAUGCGAUGACAUUUACACCGGAAUUUUUUGGCGGUUUACCACGUACAUUGGCUGGUUUAAAUCAACAACAUUAUCAUGAUGAGACGCAUCAAACGAUUCUUGAUCAUUACGGAACGUUAUCGGAUCAAUCAAUAAAAUGUCCGAUAAAUUUGUUGGCAACGACAUCGGUGAAUGUUGGUACCGGAACCGAAUUGUAUGAAGAUGAUGAUGACGAUGAGUCGGAAACCAGAUUAUCACUCAAUCCAAAUCAAUUUGCCAAUCAAUUUGUAAAUCAAUUUACGACAAAUGAAGACGAAAACAGUGUUGACAAUGAUUAUGGCGAAGACGGUGUUGAUGAUGUUGAUGAAUACAAUGGUGGCACCGAUUCAAAUAAUAGCAAUAGCGUUGGUUUUGGCACAACACAUGGUGAAAAUGUUGCACACAACGAUUUACCGGGUGGCGCAGCAUUCCGGCGAAAAAGUCGUUCAACACAAACGAGUCGCAAAAUAAAACCAGUUAAACGACCUGGCUUAGUGCUAAAAACACCAAUUGCAUAUCAGCCUUGCUUAGAUCCUUCUGUAAUUCCAAUCCAAAAAGACGGCAUGGCGGUGUGUGAGCGUUGCGGUGCGAUUGGCGUGAAACAUUCAUUUUAUACAAAGGAACGUCGUUUUUGCAGCAUGAAUUGUGCCCGCGGUGACUUUGUUAUGAUGCAAAUGCAAGCAAAGGAAAUAUUAAAACAAAGCGAAAACAAAAAACCACAAUUAACGACCGAUAAACAAAAUACGAUUGAUGCAACACAAGUAAAUGCAUUAAAUACAGCGAUGAGUGAAUUACGUGAUAUGUCAACGGGAUCAAAUAGCCCAAUUGAUAUUGAAGCACAUCUAAAAGGUAGCCAAUGUAAAAUACCAAAUUAUCGAUUUAAAUUGACAUUAAAUGGCAAUGAAAAUGAUGAGAAAAACACAAAUGGCAAUGGUAAUCAUCCGUUGUACGAUGGAAUGAGUGUGGAUGAUUCAGGAAAUGUUGUAUACCGUGAUAUUAUGUUCGAAGAAGAAAUACCACAAAUUCCAAAAGGUGCAAAUUUACCAUCGUUAUGUCCACAAGAUGAGAAAAUUAUAACCGUACGACGAAAACCAUCGGAAUUUUUGAAUAGCUACGAUUGGAUACCACAAUUAACGAAUCCAAAUUUUUUUGCCGCACCAGUUACCUGUUUCACACAUGCGCCCGGCUAUGAUGUCUGGUCAAUGGUGAAUGUUGGCAUGAAAGUUGAAGUUGAGAAUACGGACUGUGAUACACCCGAAUUGAAGCAAGGCAUGUCACCGCAUUCAUUUUGGGUUGCAACUGUACAUCGAUUAUGCGGCUACAAAGCACUUUUACGAUACGAAGGUUUCGAUGAGGAUAGUUCACAUGAUUUCUGGGUGAAUUUAUGCUCGUCCGAAGUGCAUUCGGUUGGAUGGUGUGCAGAACGUGGUAAACCAUUGAUACCACCGCGAACCAUUGAAAAUAAAUACAGUUGGCGUAAAUAUUUGGAAGAGAAUCUAACAAAUGCGUUGACACUACCAACCACAUUCUAUAAUAAAAUCAAUGAAAGUUCAAAAUCACGUUUCCGUGUUGGCCUUCAACUAGAAGUAGUUAAUAAAAAUCGAAUAUCCGAAAUGCGAUUGGGCAAAGUGAAUAAAAUCAUUGGCAAACGUUUGUUGGUCAAGUAUUUUGAUGCGCCCAAAGAUGAUGAUGGAUUUUGGGUGCAUGAAGAUUCACCACUUAUUCAUCCGGUUGGUUGGUCAUUUUAUGUGGGACACGAAUUGAAAGCACCACAAGAAUAUUUACAACGAUUACAAAUUCAAGAAGAAACAAAUACACAACAUGAAGAUGACGCACAAAUGGAUUUAUUCAAAAUGAAUUUCUCAUUCGAAAAAUAUUUGGAGGGAAAAACGAGCAAAUUUCGUGACGGCAUGAAAUUGGAGGCAGUUGAUCCAUUGAAUCUAUCAUCGAUUUGUGUAUCAACUGUGGUCAAGGUUCUUAAAUUUGGUUACAUGAUGAUUCGCAUCGAUUCUUAUGAUCCGGAUGUACAAGGAAGCGAUUUAUUUUGUUAUCACGAAAAAUCGGCAUGCAUUUUUCCAGCCGGUUUUUGUCAACGUAACGGCAUUGAGCUAACACCACCGAAAGGAUACGAUAAGAAAACAUUUUCAUGGCAAACAUAUUUGAUGGAAACCGGUAAUAUGGCAGCCGAUGAUUCUUUAUUCUCAUUGGAGGUGCCCGACCAUGGUUUUAAAGAAGGAAUGAAAAUUGAAUGUGCCGAUUUAAUGGAUCCGCGACUUGUUUGUGUGGCAACAAUUGUCCGAAUUGUUGGUCGAGUGGUUCGUGUACACUUUGACGGGUGGGAAGAUGAAUUCGAUCAGUGGUUGGAUAGCGAAGGACCCGAUAUGUAUCCAGUCGGUUGGUGUGUUAUGGUUGGACACAAACUUGAAGCGCCCAAACCGCAAGUGGUUCAGAAAAUUUCACCCAAGGCAUCAAGCAAUAAAGCGAGACGGAAACGUGGCAAAUAUAAUGUAAAAGGAAAAGGUGGUUCGGCUCCACGCAAUGUAAAGAAAGAAAUUGACACAAUGUCAGACCGACAAAAUGACUUCGAUGACAGUCAGAAUGGUGAUUCAUUAACAGCCAAAACAGAGACAACACAGCAAGAUUUUGAUGGCGAAGAGGACGACGAUGAUUUUAGCCAUGAUGGUUAUAGUCAUUCGAUAAAUUCGCUACAAUCAGCGUCAUUGCCACCAACGCCGGAACCAAGAAAUGAAACACCAACACUCCACACCACCCGACCAUCAUCUAAGUCAUCCACAUUUAGCAUAGCCUCACACAAUAGCCCAGCCACAUCAUCACCGCCACCUGAACGAAAAGCGACCAGUUAUAUCAAUAAUUCAACGGUGACAUCGGGAAAGUAUAUUCCAUGCCUGAUAUCCGGUUCAACAAUGUCACAGUCAAAUGCAUCAUCACAAAAUGAAUUCGCACCCGAUUCAUGGAAUAUAUUCGAUGUUGGUCAAUUUUUACGUGUCAAUGAUUGUGCAUUGCAUUGUGAAAUAUUCAGUCAAUAUAAAAUCGAUGGUAAACGUUUGCUUGAAAUAUCCGACGAUGAAAUCUUUAAUAUGCUCAACAAGAAAGUGGGCCCAGCCCUUAAAGUUCAAGACUUAAUAAAAAAACUACGAGAUAAAAUUGAAAAAAUGAAACCAUCAAGGCAUUCAACUGGCAAAAGUGGUGUCAGCAAAAAAUACUUAUAGUGAACUAUAAACAUUGGGCUCAAUGUUUUAUUAAAUAUGUACAAAAUUCGUCAAGUGUAACUUAUAUGAUGAGAUGUCCUUAUGAAGUGGAUCACCCGAAAACAGACUGCGAACUAUGAAUGCAACAAAAAAAAAACCCGAAAAAACUUAAAUAUUUUGAAUGUGAGAGUGAGAUAUGUGUGUGAAAAUUGAGAAAACUUUUUUAAAUGUUGAUUGAACACUCCAAAUAAGAAACAAUACAAAAUGAAUAAUAUAUACACAUUUUAUCUAAAUGAAAAAGUGCCAUUCAGUGUUUGUUGUACGUACACUAUGAACGAAUUAAAUGAACAAAAAUAAAAUUGAAAAAUUUAAUGACGAACCACAUCGUUUCGAUCGUGUGUCAUAUGCUUAUGUGGAAAUAAGUGCAUAAAUAACGAAAGUACGCUGUCAAAUUUGAAGGAUGCUCUUCACAAUGGACAAAGACACCGAUGAAUCUACAAUAUACGCCUGCAUCAUAAUUGAUUGAUCAAAUCACACAAAUCUACCAAAUAUUGUAUGUAAAUGAAACCGCUUUAUUCCAGCAAUAAGGAUAUAUUAUUGUUUAUCACAUUUCUACUAGGGACGAUGAUAAUAAGAAGCAAUAAGGUUAAAUACACACACACACAAAUGUAGAAAGAAUUUUUUUUUAAAAAUAACUGAAAAUUUAUCGCUUCAAUAAUACCAAUUGAAAAAAAAAUUGCAAUUUGAUAAAUAAAAAAAAUGUUCGUGUAUUUUUGGUUGCUUUGAUUUUUUUUAGAUGUCAAUUUAGACGUAAAUACGAUACAAAUUAUAUUUUUGAAAAGAGUAAUGUUUAUCAUUUCUAUUCAUUGUUCCAUAUUGAUCUCUCUCUCCCUUGAAAUUCACAUGAGUCAUUUCAUUAGUCGUUUGUAACUUUGUAUUUCUUCCAAUCUAUUGUAUAAUCCGUCAAUUUUAAUUAAAAAUCAAAUGAAAACAAUUUAUUUUGGUUUAUUUAAAUGUUCAUUCUAAAGUGUGAACAUUUCAAACAACAUUCACUCAAUUGAAAAUAUAAGAAAAAACCAAUCAAUAUAUUUGAAACUAACAUAAAAACUAAACAAAAAAUAAAGAAGUUAACUUGAUCUUAUGCAAUGUUGUUAGAACAGAGAGAAAUCCAAAUAUUUAAAAUAGACUAAUUGAAAUAGAGCAUUUAAAUUCGAGCAGGUAGCUAAACGUGGCGUGGGGAGAGUUGAAAUUCUUCAAUCGAAUCAAAUCACGUCACUUUCAUAUUUCGAAAUUAUUUUUUAAGAUUUUAUUUAGAACCAUUUUCAUUUGAAAUGUUGUUCGUGACCUUUGGAAACAGUUAACUAUGAUCCACACGUCAUUUGUAAAACAACCACCUAAAUGCUAUAAUUAUUAUUGAACAGAAAAAGAAGUAAACUUAAAUUUGUAUAGAAAAUGUGGGACGUUUGAAAUCAACAUGAAUUCGAAAAAUGACCCAUUGUUUUUUUUUCUUCUUGGAAAUAAUU